UCACUUCUGGGCUGAGAGCAGCGACCAAUAUCAUCAGACAGACGAUGCGGGAAUUCAAUUGCAAUUCGUGCAAUAAAAGAACGCUUUCCUUUUCGUCGCUGAUACACCAGGUGUUUGAUUCAAGGCGUAAGGUGCUGCUGCCAUUGUAAUCAGAUAAACACAAAAGAGCAGAAGAAGAAGAACCAGGAAAUGAAUAACUUCCCCUGACAGUGGUAGCAGGAUUACGACCCAUCAUUCUCUCUCCUACCAUUCACAUCUCAGGGUUGGAGGAGCUGUCUCAGUGAUAAACUACCUGCUCAGAGCAUAAGCCUUGCAACCCACCCCCAUCCCCCACUCACUCACACACACCCAGUCAGGAUGAAGCUGAAAGAGGACCUGAACCCAGUGCUGCUGCUGCUCUUCCAGGUGACGGUGUGGCUGUACUCUGUCCUAGCCUUCCUCCCCUCCUACCUCUUCAGCUCUGUGUCAGAAUCAGACGCAGGCCUCGGGUCAGAACAGGAGCGGGCUCAGAGACUCAAGGCCCGGUCUGUGACGGGUCGCCCCGCGGGGCCCUACAGGGCCAUGGGCGCCACGAAGAGGCUGAUGUCGUCCCUGCACCCCGGGGUGGACACACUAGAUAAGGUGUUUGAGGACGCAUCCAGAAGGUUCCCUGACAGAGACUGCCUGGGCACCAGAGAGGUAGUCAUGGAGGAGGAUGAGAGGCAGAGCAACGGAAAGUUCUUCAAGAAGGUGAUCCUUGGGCAGUACCGCUGGCUGUCCUAUGCUGAGACCCACAGGGCAGCAGCCUGCUUUGGCAUUGGUCUGGCAGCGCUUGGCCAGAGGGCCCACAACAAUAUUGCCAUCUUCUGUGAGACCAGGGCCGAGUGGGUAAUAGCUGCACAGGCCUGCUUCAUGCAAAACUUCCCCUUGGUCACUCUGUACUCUACCCUGGGGGGUCCGGCCAUCACUCAUGGUCUGAACGAGACAGAGGUCAGUCACAUCAUAACCAGCCGAGAGCUACUGGAGACCAGACUCAAGUGCUACAAGGGCAGAGAAUUCUCAGAGCUACAGAAAGACUCUAGGGAAAACUAA